AGAGAAGGCGCGCGCAACGGUUUGUUUAAAUAGCACCGAGAAAAUAAUCGGUGUUAGCUUUUGGUUUUGCCAAUCAGCUGUUUUGGAGUUGCCACAUCGUACGAUUAGAGCCUGUCCAAUAAAACAUGUCUUCCAAUGAGGCAUAUCGAAGCAGAAACAUGGAAACAAGCGGGAGUUCGGGAGCGAGUACGAGUGGAAAUGCGGGCGCGGGAGGGAUCGGCCACGAUGACAGCUAUAAUCCGGCGGCCAGCGGCAGCAGCAAUAGCAGUCGGAAUAACAAACAAACAAACAUUCUCAAUGAGAACACAUAUCUGAAGCCAGCCAGCAAGCAGGCCUACUUCAGCGAUGAAAAAGUGCUCAUACCCGACGAUGAACACACAAAUGUGCGUUUCAGUUUUCGCAAACUAUGGGCCUUCACGGGACCCGGUUUUCUCAUGUCCAUUGCUUAUCUAGAUCCGGGCAACAUUGAGUCCGAUUUACAAUCGGGUGCAGCCGCCAAAUACAAAAUACUCUGGGUUCUAUUAUGGGCCACAGUAUUGGGUUUACUUAUGCAACGCUUGGCUGCAAGAUUGGGUGUUGUGACGGGUCUCCAUUUGGCUGAGAUGUGCUAUCGACAAUACAAACGAUUACCACGUUGGAUACUUUGGAUUAUGAUAGAGAUAGCUAUCAUUGGUUCCGAUAUGCAGGAGGUUAUAGGCACUGCGAUAGCCAUCUAUUUGUUAUCCAAUAAAGUAGUUCCCUUAUGGGGUGGCGUACUAAUAACCAUUAUAGAUACGUUUACUUUUCUAUUUCUGGACAAAUAUGGCUUGCGUAAGCUAGAGUUUUUGUUCGCAUUUCUCAUCACUGUCAUGGCAGUGACGUUUGGCUAUGAGUACAUUGUGUCUGCGCCCAAUCAGGCUGAAGUUAUGGAGGGCAUGUUUGUGCCUUGGUGUUCCGGUUGUAAUUCGGAUGUGCUGCUGCAGGCUGUGGGCAUAGUUGGUGCCGUCAUUAUGCCGCACAAUCUAUAUUUGCACUCAGCUUUGGUCAAGUCUCGUGAUAUAGAUCGUCGGCAGCCACAGAAAGUUAGCGAAGCGAAUUUUUAUUUCUUUAUUGAGGCAUCGGUUGCUCUGUUUGUGUCCUUUAUCAUAAAUUUGUUUGUGGUCGGCGUUUUUGCGCACGGCAUGUAUGGCAAAACAAACAAUGAUGUGCUGGAAGUGUGCGUGAAUAGAUCGAUGUAUGAUGAUGCGAAGACAUCGUUUGUGGACAGCGAUGGUGGCAAUGCGCUUAUCGAUGCGGAUCUAUAUAAGGGAGGACUAUUUCUGGGCUGCACCUUUGGGGCUGCGGCCAUGUAUAUUUGGGGAGUGGGAAUCUUAGCUGCGGGUCAGAGCUCCACAAUGACUGGCACCUAUGCGGGUCAGUUCUCCAUGGAGGGUUUCCUCAAUCUGCAGUGGCCGCGCUGGCGUCGUGUCUUGGUCACACGUUUGAUUGCCAUUGUGCCCACAUUCUGUCUGGCACUGUUCACCAAAAUGGAGGACUUGACCAACAUGAACGAUAUAUUGAAUGCGGUGAUGUCCCUCCAACUGCCAUUCGCCGCCAUACCCACCAUUGCGUUUACAUCCUGUACGGCCAUAAUGGGCGAAUUUGUCAAUGGGCUGGGCAACAAAAUUGUUUCCAUAUUGCUGACCGUUGUCGUUAUUGCAGUUAAUUUGUAUUUUGUGGUCGUUCAAGUAGAGCAAUUCAGCAUAACAGGCGGCCUGCUGGCCCUAGUCUGCAUAUUUGCUAUUUUAUACUUACUUUUUAAUCUAUACCUUGUGAUACAUAUGGCCGCAUGCAUGGGCAAUCAACGUCUUAUGAACAGUCGGUGGGUGCAGCGCUGGGUGUUGCCAAGCCAGAACAGCUUUUCGAUAAAGAAUGCCAACUCAACGUAUGCCAGAAUUCCCACAAAUGGCGAUACCGAUGCCGACAUCGUGGACGGCGAGGAUGCGUAGCCAUUACUGUGCUGCACUGAUUCCGAAGAUGGUGAAGAGGUUUGUAUCAGCAACAACAAUAUCCGCGACUGCCCGAGCAGCAACAUCGAUCCUGAGCUCGGUCCCGCUGCCGCGAAUGGCCAUGUGGUCAUUAGCUAGCAGUGGCUUCAAUGUUGCCACAACAAACUUGUCAACAUGGAACACAAAGUGGCAACACUUCUUGGCUCUAGUAAGAUGUUCGGAAAUGUUACAAAUGUUCUGGAAGUGUGUGUGUUCAUUGUUGGAUCGGAUAAUUUCUAGUAUUUCCUUACAAUGCGAAGGAACUCUAGGGGAUCAGUGUACUGCUAUAUUUAUUUUCUAUUUCGCAUACCAAAAAGUAAAAAAGGAUUUCAAAAAACAACUGAAGAAUUGAGAUAAGAGACAUUAGCUCUAAUUAAAAAAAAAAACUUAUUAAUUAUAAAUAACUUAAAACCUUUCGAAACUAUAACUAUAAGGCUGUGAGCAUUUUUAUGAGCAACCCAUAUCGAAACACAUUAAGAAGGCAAAUUUCCAUAAAUUCAAAGUUCUCAUCAAAUUGCAAUAUUUAUAAAUUUGUUUUUAAUCUUUAACUUACAAUGCCAUAAAUAUGAGUUUAUGAAAAAUAA